GACCAGAUUAUGGGCAGUAGUCCUUUUAAUUAAUCUGUCAUCAUGGCUAAUGAGGACAGUCCCAAGGCUGGUGAUAGUCCAUUUUCAUCAGAUAAACAUGCCCAACUCAUCUUGGCCCAGAUCAAUAAAAUGAGGAAUGGAGAGCAUUUCUGUGAUGUACAGCUGCAAGUCGGGAAGGAAACUUUUAAAGUUCAUCGGCUGGUUUUGGCUGCCAGUAGUCCUUACUUUGCAGCUUUGUUCACUGGAGGAAUGAAAGAGUCCUCAAAAGAUGUUGUACAGAUUCUAGGAAUUGAAGCUGGAAUCUUUCAAAUACUUCUAGAUUUCAUUUAUACAGGUAUAGUGAACAUAGGUGUGAAUAAUGUCCAGGAGCUGAUUGUUGCAGCAGACAUGCUACAGUUGACUGAAGUUGUUAAUCUAUGCUGUGAAUUUCUGAAAGGACAAAUUGAUCCAUUGAACUGCAUUGGGCUCUUUCAGUUCUCUGAGCAAAUUGCCUGCCAUGAUCUUUUGGAAUUCACAGAAAACUACAUUCAUGUCCAUUUCUUGGAGGUUCACAGUGGGGAAGAGUUCCUGGCGCUUACAAAAGAUCAACUAAUCAAAAUUUUGCGAAGCGAAGAGCUCAGUAUUGAGGAUGAAUAUCAGGUCUUCUUAGCUGCAAUGCAAUGGAUUCUGAAGGACCUGGGAAAAAGAAGAAAGCAUGUGGUGGAAGUGCUAGAACCAAUUCGAUUCCCUUUAUUACCUCCUCAGAGGCUUUUAAAGUAUAUAGAAGGAGUAUCUGAUUUUAAUCUUCGUGUUGCAUUGCAAACACUUUUGAAAGAGUACUGUGAGGUGUGCAAAUCUCCCAAAGAGAACAAGUUUUGUAGUUUUCUGCAGACAUCUAAAGUUCGGCCUCGGAAGAAAGCAAGAAAGUACCUAUAUGCAGUAGGUGGAUAUACUCGGUUGCAGGGGGGUCGUUGGAGUGAUAGCAGAGCCCUCAGCUGUGUAGAACGUUUUGACACCUUUAGCCAGUACUGGACCACUGUGUCUUCACUUCAUCAGGCUCGAUGUGGGCUGGGAGUAGCAGUUCUGGGAGGGAUGGUUUAUGCUAUUGGAGGUGAAAAGGAUUCAAUGAUUUUUGACUGUACUGAAUGCUAUGAUCCAGUUACUAAACAGUGGACAACUGUAGCUUCAAUGAAUCACCCCCGCUGUGGCUUGGGAGUGUGUGUGUGUUAUGGGGCUAUCUAUGCUUUGGGUGGAUGGGUUGGAGCUGAGAUAGGGAACACCAUUGAACGAUUUGAUCCUGAUGAAAAUAAGUGGGAAGUAGUUGGCAACAUGGCUAUGUCACGCUACUACUUUGGGUGUUGCGAAAUGCAAGGUUUAAUUUAUGUAAUUGGGGGCAUCAGCAAUGAAGGAAUAGAGCUUCGUUCUUUUGAAGUAUAUGAUCCACUUUCUAAGCGUUGGUCUCCACUUCCUCCAAUGGGAACCAGGAGAGCAUAUCUUGGUGUGGCUGCACUCAAUGACUGUAUCUAUUCUGUUGGAGGGUGGAAUGAGACACAAGAUGCUCUUCAUACUGUAGAAAAAUAUUCCUUCGAAGAGGAAAAGGGGGUUGAAGUUGCCUCAAUGAAAGUGCCUAGAGCAGGCAUGUGUGUUGUGGCAGUCAAUGGGCUUCUGUAUGUUUCUGGAGGUCGAUCUUCCAGCCAUGAUUUCUUGGCUCCAGGUACCUUGGACUCAGUUGAAGUUUAUAACCCUCAUUCAGAUACAUGGACAGAAAUUGGUAACAUGAUCACCAGUCGUUGUGAAGGAGGUGUUGCUGUACUAUGAAAUAUAAAGCAUAAGGGAGCACAAGAAACAUUUUGAAAAUAUAGGAUCUGACUCUGCAAAUCACACAUGUAUUUGGUGAUAGGAUCCUCUGAUUCUAUUGAGUUUUCCAUGUAUUUGGUAGAUAAAUGACUAAAGAAUGAUUUUUCUAAGAAUU